AUGAAGCUCCCCCCUGCUCUGCUGCUACCGUUGGCUCUGUCGAUCAGAUCCUCACUUGCCCUUCCCUCUGUCCUCAAGGCUCGUGAUCUCACCCUCGAUACUCAGAAUGAUCUCGUCAAUGGCGUGCCUUGCAAGAAAUUCACACUCAUCCAUGCAAAAGGUACUACUUCACCGGGCAACGUCGGUACCGAGACCGGCCCACCAUUCUUCCAAGCAGUCGCACGUUUAGUCGGACAAGAAAACGUCGCGGUCCAAGGGGUCGAAUACGAUGCUGAUGUUAUUGGCUUUCUCCGAGGUGGAGAUCCUGACGGGUCAGAAUAUAUGGCGAAUCUCGUCGAGGAGGUUCUCUCCCGGUGCCCAGACACCAAGGUCACGUUGAGCGGCUGGAGUCAAGGCGCCCAGCUUGUACACAACGCCGCGGAACUACUAAAGCCCGAAACCGCGGCAAAGGUUUCGUCAGCGAUCACGUUCGGCGAUCCAAAGAAUGGUGAACCAUUCGGACAGAUCCCACAAUCCAGGACCACUAUCUAUUGUAAUGACGGUGACUACAUCUGCGAAGGGAGCAUCAUAUUAACAGAUGCGCACAGCACGUACGAACAAGACGCCACCGCGGCGGCGCAGUUUGUCGUCCAGCAGGCUGCGCUAUAG